AUGAGCAGAGGCUUUGUCGCAGUCGCAGGUGCUACCGGCGGUUUGGGCCAACUGAUAGCCAAAGCAUUGCGAGCAAGGAACGUACCGGUCAAAGCACUCGUCCGUCUCAACACCUCACCUUCCCGCACUUCCGAGCUCCACGACAUUGGGGUCAAGAUUUCUCCUGUCGACCUCUCAGAUGUACCCACCUUGACCAACGAAUUGAAUGGCGCAAUCUGCGUGGUCUCUGCACUCCAAGGCCUACAAGACGUCAUCCAUACCGCACAAGGCAAUCUUCUCGAUGCAUCAGUAGCCGCCAAAGUCCCCCGAUUCAUCCCAUCGGACUUCUCUCUCGACUUUACAAAGACAGCUCCUGGCUCUAAUCGCAAUCUUGACUUGAGACGAGAAUUUCAUCCACGCUUGGAUGCCUCGGGUAUUGCAUGGACCAGCAUCUUCAAUGGCGGGUUUAUGGACCUCCUCGGUGGAGAAUCACCCAUGAUCAACGACAAGACUCGCAAAGUGGCAUACAUCGGCAGCGACUCGCAGCUCGUCGACUUCACAACCAUGGUCGAUACGGCCGCUUUCACCGCAGCUGUGGCAACAGACCCGAAUCCCACACCCAGAUACCUUCGCAUCGCCAGUGACGUUGUUAGCCCGAGGGACAUCGCAAACGUCAAAAGUGAAGUCUACGGCGCCAAAUACCAACCCUCGUACAUGGGUCCGGUAUGGGUCAUCGAGCGCAUGAUUCCGGUAAUGCGUCUGUUUGGAGGAGAGGAUAAAGUCAUGAACGCUUGGCAGGGUAUGCAAUACAUGACCAACAUGUAUUCCGGCCUUGCAAGGGCGAAGAAUUUGGACAAUGAUCAUUAUCCGGAGAUCAAGUGGACGAAGUUGGUGGAUUUCAUCCGUGCCGAUAAGGAGAAGAAGCAGACUGCUUGA